CCUCGGGAAGGUGGAGGUGGCUGCGUGACGGCGGCCCGGGGGCAACUAUGAAUGAAGAGCAGUUUGUAAACAUUGAUUUAAAUGAUGAUAACAUUUGCAGUAUUUGUAAAUUGGGAACAGAUAAAGAAACACUUUCUUUCUGCCACCUUUGUUUUGAGCUAAAUAUUGAAGGAGUACCAAGAUCUAAUCUCUUGCACACCAAAUCAUUAAGGGGCCACAAAGAAUGCUUUGAAAAAUUCCAUUUGAUAGCAAACCAGGAUUGCCCUCGAUCUAAACUCUCCAAAAGCACUUAUGAAGAAGUCAAGACUAUAUUUAGUAAAAAGAUAAAUUGGAUUAUACGGCAUGCCCAGAAUAAAGAUGUAGAGUCUGAUCCUGAAUGUUCCAAAACUUCCCAGCACUCACUUUUAAAUUUUAGACAUAAGUCAGAUACAAAGUUAUUGCCACAGUUUGAUUCCCAAGUACCAAAAUAUUCUGCAAAAUGGAUAGAUGGAACAACGGUAAACAUCUCAAACCAUGCACAAACAAUUCUGGAGCAAAGAGAAUCUGCAAGCUUUGGGCUUGAUAUGUUGCAAGAUCCAAGUGCUCCUUUCUGCUAUAAUAGUGUUUUAUGGUCUCAUCACCAGCAGACUCAGAAGAAAGAAAAGAAAGCUUCUGUUUCAGAAAUUAGUGACCAGAGACAACACAUUUAUUAUACAAGAGAACAAUUGAGUUCAAUGAGUCUUGGUGAGGUAGAGCAGCUGAAUGAAAAGCUUCGCCAGCAAAUCCAAGAAAUUUUUGAGCAGCUAACACACCAAUUACAAGAAAAGGAUUCUUUGGCUUCAGAACUCCAUGUCCGACACAUUGCCAUCGAACAGCUACUUAAGAAUUAUUCCAAGUUACCAUGUCUUCAAGCAGGGAAACAAGGAAUGAAGUGCAACCUUCCUAUAAGUAAUUGAACAAGACUUAAAAUUUAAUUAGUUUUAUCAUAUUGAUCUGCUAUGCGCACAAACUUCUAAUAAGUAUGUUGGGAAAUUGUGGCAUCCUUUUGAAAACAUUUGGAAUCUUUUCAACAGGCAUUCAGUCUAUUUUAAGUCUAGUUUUUAAAAUAUAUUUUUUUUCUCUCCAUUUACAUGUAAAACAACUUUUAACAUUUGCCUUUUUUUAAGUUUAAAGUUCCAAGUUUAAUUCCUCUCUCCCUCCUAUCCCAGUAAGCAUACAUGUGCAGUUACAUAAGACCUAUUCAUAUUAGCCAUUUUGUGCAAGAAGAAUUGAACAACAAAGAAAAAAAUUAGUAUGCUUCAGUCUGUAUUCAGAUAAUACCAUUUCUUUUUCUGGAGGCAAAGAGCAUUUAUCAUCUGAAUCCUUUUGGAUUGUCUUGGAUCAUUGUAUUGCUGGGAAUAAGUCAUUCACAGUUCUUCAUCUUACAAUAUUGCUGUUAACAUACAGUGUUCUGGUCACUUCCCUUUGUAUCAAUUCACGUCUUAGCAAGUUUUUCUGAAAUUUGUCAUUUCUUAGAGCAAAAUAAUAGUUGGUUUCAAUCAUAUGCCAUCUGUAGAUUUGACAUUGCUAUCCUAAUUUGCUUAUGGUAUCACCCUUUACAUGUAAAUCAUGGAUAUAAUUUGAAAUGUUUCUGCCAUACUGUUUUCCCAACAGUUUUUUAUUGAAUAAUGAGCAUUUGUCCCAAAAGCUUGAGUCUUUGGGUCUAGCAAAUCCUAGAUUAUUAUGAUUAUUUAUUAUAGUAUAUUGUAUACCUGAUCCAUUCUACUGGUCCACCACUGUUUCUUAGCCAGUACCAGAUUGUUUUGAUAAUUACUUUUUUUUUUUCCUGAGGCAAUUGGGAAUUAAGUAACUUGCCCAGGUCUCACAGCUAGGAAGUGUUAAAUAUCUGAGAUCAGAUUUGAACUCAGGUCCUCCUGAUUUCAGGGCUGGUGCUCUAUCCACUGUGCCACCUAGCUGCCCCAAUAAUUACUUGUUUAUAGUACAGUUUGAGAUCUGGUACAGCUAGACCACCUUCCUUCACAUUUUUUUUUUUCAUUAAUUCCCUUGAUAUUCUUCAACUUGUUUUUCCAGAUGAAUUUUGUUGUUUUUUUUUUUCCUAUCCUUGUAAGGUAAUUUGUUGGCAGUUAAUUUGAUAUGAGAUGUGAAUAAGUAAGUUAAUUUAAGUGAAAUGGUUAAUUAUAUUGGCUCAGCCUAUACAUGAGCAAUUAAUAUUUUUCUAUAUUGUUUAGAUCUGACUUUAUUUGUUUGAAAAAGUGUUACAAUUGUAUUCAUAUAGUUCUUGCUUUGUCUUGUCAAGUAGACGCCUGCAUAUUUUUUAUAUUUGCGCUAGUAUGUUAAAUGGAAUUUUACUUUCUGUUUCUUACUGCUAUACUUUGUUGGUAAUACAUAGAAAUGCUAAUUUAUGGGGAUUUAUUUUGUAUUCUGCAACUUUGCUAAAGUUAAUUAUUUCAACUAGUUUUUUUUAGUUGAUUAUACCAUCAUCAUCUGCAGAGUGAGAAUUUUUCUUCAUUGCUUAUUAUAAUUCCUUCAAUUUCUUUUUUCUUCUGUUAUUAUAGCUAGCAUUUCUAAUAUAUUGAAUAAUAAUGGUAAUAAUAGGCAUAUUUGCUUCACCCCUGAUUUUAUUGGUAAGAUACCUAGCUUAUCCUAUUGCAAAUAGCAUAACAUUUGCUGAUGCUUUUAGAUAAAUAUCAUUUAUUUAACGAUAAGCUUCAUUUAUUCCUGUGCUCUUCAGUAUUAUUAAUAAGAAUGGUAUUGCAUUUUUCAAAGGUGGUUUUAUUUUUUUUUAACUCAGUCUAUUUUUAUGUCAGGUCUUGAUGAUUUUAAGUUAGCAGGUAGUGAUAUUGGUUCAUUUUUAAACCAAUUUUCCUGAUUGCAAAUGUUCUUUUCCCUCUCCCCCCAUCUUAAACACACACCCUUUGAUAGUUUACUUACUCUGUGUGUACUAUUACAAUGUGAGUAUAUUAUAAAGAUUAUUGUUUGUGUGAAUAUCUGGCAUAUCUAUAGAAAAAUGUCAGUUAAAGCCUUGGGUCAGGCUAAGCUACUAAAUUGUAUUUGAAGAGGAGGGAAAUAUUAUGAAAUUUACCUCUUAUUUAUUAAGAGCAAUAUUUUAAUAUGGAAAUUUUAUAUAAAAAUACUAUUUUAGGUACCUUUCCAAUUAUCUUUAUAAAUAUGCAUUUGAAUAGCUUUAUAUAAAUGUUUACACUUGUAUAUGUUAUUUCCUGUGAUAUCACUGAUAUAGGAGAACUGAUAAAGAAUUUCCUCUACCAAUGAAGACUGCUCUGCAGUUUGUAGUCUUAGAAAUCACAGGUUCAGUCUUCAUCCCAUUCCCAUUCAGAGCUUCUAUCAACUACAAGGUCUUCUAACUCUGAAACAUGAAAGGAAAUAAAAGUGUGCCUGGAUCUUUUUUUAAAAAAAUUCAAAUUUGUUCCAUUUAGUUUGAACUCUUCAAAGGAAAAAGGCCAUAAGGACAUGCAAAUAUGUGACUGUGGUGUGGUAUAAGGUGGUGAGUGGAUGACAUUUCCAAUUCAGGUUUUUAAAAUUUUGCACAAAAACUUAUCCAAAUAUGUAAUAGGUUUAGGAUAGCACAAUAUAAUCUAAUGGAUAGGAUGCUGUACUUGAAUUCAGUCCAGAAGACCUAAUUUCAAAUCCUACCUGCACCUUGACUAUGUAUAUGAGUCAUUAAUAGAAGGACCAGAAUUUUCAGAAUGCCUUGAAGGAUCAAACCAUAUUUGACUAAAUUGACACAGUCCAUUUUUUUAUCCCUAAGACAAAGAAAAUGGUAGAAUGAAAAUUUUUUUUUAUUUUAAACUAGAAUGAUAAUUAUCUUUAAUUAUUUUAUUUAAAAUGAAUUUAUAGAGGUAAGAGAAAUUAUAAAUUAUAGCAUAAUUUUUAAGAUUUCUGUCACGUGAUCUACUUUGUCCUUCUGGAAGUAAUCUCUGAACCUCCUGCCUAAAUUAAGAUUUGUUGGAGGGAGCUCCCUCUAAAGAAAUUACACAUCAUUGUUGUGCUGGCAAUUUGUUAAAUAUGCCUACUUUUAUGUGCAUUUGGAUGCAUAUGCAGUUUUUGUAUAUGUAAAUAAGUGAGAUAUUUAAAUUUAGUUAUAAUUCAAGGGAAUCAUUGAUUGGCUAUCAGAUAUUAUUUUCAUAACUUUUUUGGAAGUGAAAUUUAAAAGAAAAAUUGAAUUUCAUCUUCACAUACCGCCACAUAUUCCACUCAGACCAGACUGCUAUCUAUGCUCUUAAUUUAUCUCUUAGUUUGUAUGUAUUUGCAAUGGUUGUCAUCUAUCAUUCUUGCAAUGUACUCCCCACUCAUCUCAUAGUCCCUAUUUUUCUUCAAGGCUAAAGCUAGGUGCUUUGUUUUGUACUUCCUGGAGUCUCUGAUAGGUUCCUCUUCCUCUUCUCAGAUAGUCCUGGAGCAUUUUGUGUGUUUCCAAUUGCUUUCUAUAUCCCUUUCAAUAGAAUAGCUGUUUUUAAGAUACUGUUCAUCCUUUGCCUUGGCAUCCCCAGGGUCUAGCACACAUGCAACUUAAUAAAUGUUGAUAUGAAUUGAGAGGUUUUGGGGGAAAUGUAGUUAUAUUGGUUUAUUAUGUUGCAGGCUAAAUACAAGAACUUUUUAGAGUUAGUAUGAGAAGCAGAAUGGCAUGAUAGGGACGAAAUAGGCCUCAAAGCCAGAAGACUUCAUUCUAAAAAUUUUGCUUCCCACAUGCUGACUCUAACUCUGAACAAGUAACUUAACUUCUCAGUGCUUUCUGCAAUUCUUGAGUCACAGAAUUUUUCUUACAUUGGAUAUCCCUAUAACAAUGAAAUCACAUAUCAGAAAAAAUAGAAUAAAAUCCCAUGUUUUUGCAGUUUAAUCAUGUCUAUGACUUGAUUAUAAAUAAAAACUCAGUUUCCUAUUGCCAUUAAUGAGUGAUUCAGGGCAUUAGUACUAUUUUCUUUAUCCAGGAAGUUACAAACAGUAUUAUAAUAAGGGGACCUUACUGCUUUUCAAACUGCACAUUGAUUUUACAGAAUGGAGUUUAAAAACAACACACAUGUGUACACUUGUGUGUAUACUUAAAAAUAUAAAUUGAAGUGUGAAAUGACUUAGCCAGAAAGUAUCUGGUGGUGAAAUAUAAUAAUCUAAUUAAAAUAGAUUUUUAAAUAUCUAUUUGAAUAAUGAAAAUUGUUCACAAUAUUUUCCUUUUUUGUUUAUUGCAAGCUGUAUACUUCCUUGUUUACAUUUGAGGUUAUCUUAUAUUGUUUUUUCUUACAUUUUGUUUUCCUUUGGUUCAUGUGUGUUCAUAAAACUCAGGCAGCUCUUUUACCAUUUCCUGAACCUAUUUUUAAGUUAUUAGAAAAUCUGUUAUUAAAGUUAAAGAGUUUAAAACUCAAAACAGUCUACAAUUGAAUUGGUAUUUUUAUCAAGUCUAAAUAAUUUAUAUGUCAAUGUUGAGAGAUUAUUGGCAUAAUGAAACUUUGUAUUAUGAAAACAUUAUAAAUGAUAGUGUUCAGUUGUUUUUAUUUCAACUGAUUAGAAUACUGAGUAAUAUUGUCCUGAAAGAUAGCUUAAUCUUUUUGCAUAGAUGUGGCCAUACAAUUAAAUGCUUCUUGACAGAUGUUUAAUUGAAUUUUUAACUCUAACAUUGUGUGAAGACUAGUUUCUCUUUUUGUUUUGAAAAAUUAAGAUAUGUCACAAAGGGACAAAAACUCAAAUUUUUUAUUUGGCUACAUUUUAAUAGUCUUUUGGGGGAAAUAUAAAUAAAAUUUCUUAAUGAUCUUUUCAUAGAAGCAGUGAGCACUUGGAUUACACAAAGAAUAAUGCGCCUUAUAAGCUUACCAUAAUAAUUCCAGAAUCUCAUAUGAUUCUGCCUUGUACCUCAAGAUUCUAAUUUCAGAUCAUCCUUUUAGAAUUGACCAUUUUUCAAAGAAGUAUUAUCUGUUAAGGCAAUUUCUCUUUGUGGAACUUAUACCAACUUAUGACAGUUUCCAGCAUAUUAACUCGAUUUUAGCUAUCCAGCAAUAAUAGAAUUUGAUGUGUAAUUUUAAUAAUUUUUCUAUUUUUCUUAUUUGCUAGAUAACCAACAUAAUUAAUUGCAUUUUAAACCAAAAAUAUAUAUAUUUUUAUAUGUACUUUCUCUAUUUCAAGCAUUGAACUACACAAGGAUAUCAUACUUGACUCCUACUUUUGAAAUAUCUUAUACUUUUUGGUUUGACUUGCAAAACUUUAAAAAUAUUUAUGGUAGCAUUUUGGGAGGAAAAUCUAAAAUUGACUGAAUUUUUAUCCCAUUAAAAUAUAAAAGUGCUUUGGGACAAAUAUUUUCUUCAGUUUGGCAUGUCUAGGAACAGUGAUUAUUUGUAAGCUAUUAAGUAAAAUCAGAUUUAGAAAAUAUUUAACAAAUGGCUUCUAUAACGUGACACUUUUGAAAAGGGAAAAAAAUUAAAUUUGUUUUAAAUUAUGAGUUCAGUUUUCCAGUCAGUCCAAUUCUAUUUUGUCUUAGAGAUUUUUAAUUCUGUAAAAUUGUCCUGUGAGUCAUUUUAUGAAAUUAUAAUACAACUUCUGUGGUAAAAACCAAAUUGGCUCCAUAAACCCUUAUUUUACACAUCAUAAAUGUUAAUUUUAUACUACUCAGCUUUUGAACUGUGUAUGCAUUUGUAUAUUAAAUUUUCAACAAAUAAAAACUUCAUUAUAA